AUGAUGUGGAUAGUGAAUUUUACGAGGCUGAAGAAGACUACAAUGGCGGAGUUACCUCUUCACAUCAUCGAGAACAUACUGUUGAGAUUACCAGUCAAGUCUCUGAUCCGUUCCAGGUGCGUCUGCAAAGCUUGGCGCACAUUAAUUUCCCAUCCCCAUUUCGUUAAAAGUCACCUCCGACUACCACAAACCCAAGCUAGAACUCAGUUUUGUACCCUAAACUAUGGCGAACCUGGGGACAAUUACUAUCUGGUAGUUGGAGCCUCUACCAAAGACUGCGAAGCAUUUAGCGAUGAUAACGGUGGGGCAUUGGCAUUUGAUUAUUUAUUUGAUAUUGGAAGAUUUAAAUACGAAGUCGUUCUUCUGGAUUCCUGUGAUGGGUUGUUGUGUUUAGUUGAUUUGGAGAAUAAGAUUGUCUUAUGGAACCCAUCUACCAGACAAUGCAAUCAAUUACCACCAAAUCCUAACGUUCUGGAUUUUCUUGGUUGCCAUGGAUUUGGGUAUGACUCCUUUGCCGAUGACUACAAGGUAUUUGUCGUUUCUAUGCUCAAUCCUAACUUUGAGACUGUGGUGGAUGUUUUCUCGCUGAAAUCCAAUAAAUGGAAAAGAAUUCAGGAAAAACACCAUACUAGGGCUGCGCGCAUGUGUGCAACUGUUUUACAUGGGGCACUCCAUUGGGUAGCUUAUGAUCCUAUUCUUGGCUUUGAUGCAAUCAUGGCUUUUGAUUUUGAAAAGGAGCGGUUCCGGGAGAUGGCAAUUCCGAGAGAAGAAGAAGAACUAUAUGUUAAGUUGAGGGUUGUAGGAGGAUGCCUUUGUGUACAUGGUUCUAAAGAUCCAAGUAAGAUGUGGGUUAUGAAAGAGUAUGGUGUUGACACAUCUUGGAGUAAGAUGGCUUCCCCAUAUAACAGUCUU